AUUGAUUUUAAUACUCUGUACAAUCAAACGUUUCUACUGCAUACUACCAUCUUAAAAUAUUGCCCAGCUUGGGGCGACGACCUGAAGGGCCAGAUGGCCACAAUACCAUCCGAUUGCCAUAAUUACCCUCCCGAAGAUUACCGAAGUCUCCGAUUCCCAUCCCUCUGUUGGCCUCCUCAAGAUCCCCUCUGUUCCUUGUAUACAAUAUGGGAUUCGUGGCGAUAUACCCUCCUCUGGACCCUGAUCCUCUACGCGCUGUUCCACCUCGGUGCUACCGGCAUCGCCUUGUUUAUGCAGAUUGGAAAGCCGCGAACGGUAUGGAAAUACUUGCUGGUCCUCCCGCUCGUCUACGCUUUUGUCGCGGGAGUUGAAGCGCUAUUUACUGGAAGUAUUGUUGGUGUAGUACUCGGCGCCGUUUACAUUUCCGGAUGCUACUCGAUGCCGACGUGGAUACCAUUUAUCUGGGGAUGGAUAUGCACCUUGGUCUUGAUCAUCUCUUCAUUCACGAUACAAGGAGGUCUUUGAAACCUCGCUUCUUGCCGGGUUGUCUAAGACUUCCAAAGACUCGAGAAUAGAUAACCUGAAGACUCCUUCUAAUGUGGCACCAAUGCGUAGUGCUGCUACGACAAGCCAUAUUGAACGAGAGCCGGUAUUCAUUUGUUCCUCGGCUGCCAUUUGCAAAAGCCGACGGUGAACAGAAAGCAAUGAAACCAGUAUCGAUUGCGCAAGGUUUAGAAUUAAAUUAGGCGAAAUACGAUUGAUAUUAUGGAUUAUCUUAUUAUACUAACCUACUACAUAGUAGUUACUUGAAUCAUACUACCAAAACUGGCUUUUUUCUUAAAUGCUGGCAUGGAUAGGGGCAAACAUCAGACCCCAA